AUGAGUAACAAUUUGAGUCUUCGUACCAUUCUCACUGAUUGCAAACUUAAUGACACAAACUUUCUCGAUUGGCAUCGCAAUGUCCUACUCGUUCUCACUCAUGAAAAAAUUGAAUAUGUACUUGAUAGGCCUAUGCCCCAGGAACCUGAACCAAAUGCUCCUGCUACUGCUCGAAAUGCUUAUAAGAAACAUAAGGAUGACAAUAGGGAAGCUUCAUGUAUCAUGGUAGCUUCCAUGACUCCUCAGUUUCAGCAGCAGCACAUGAACAUGGGGGCGUAUGAUAUUGUACAACACCUGAGAGAGUUGUUUGAACAACAAUCAAGGACGGUUAGAUAUGAUACCUCUAAAGAAUUAUUCAGGUGCAAGAUGGCAGAGGGAGCACCUGUUGCUCCGCAUAUGAAUAAUCUGCAGCACACUUUGCCUCAAUUGUUGAAUGUGCUGAAAACUGCUGAGAAAGAAAUCAAAAAGGGAAAAGGCUCUACUGGUGUGCUUGUCAUUACUUCCUCUAAGAAGAGGAAGAGGCAAGAAAAGGGAUUUAAGAAAUCCAAAAACAAGCCCACCCAAAAGCCCAAAAAGGAAAGGCGGACCAGUCCAAAGCAACCUGCUUCCAUUGUAAUCAAACUGGACAUUGGAAAAGGAACUGCAAGUCAUACUUGGAGAGCCUGA